AGGAAGGAUUGCGAUACGUAGCCUGUUUAAAGGCGCAGAGCUGCUGCUCUCGGAUGAGGAGCUUCCACGGUCCUGAACUAUUCUACUGCGCUUCUGCAGCCCUUUGUCGACCAAACCCACCCAAAGUCACUCGUUUCACGACUAUUACCGCUCUCUACAUCUGGCCGCACCUAAUCAACAAGCUCGCACAUAUAUAUCGGCAUUUCGAACAAAUUACUUGACCAUUACAUCGCGACAACGACGCUAGUUACACUACCACUAGGACUUCUCACACCAUGAGCUCUUUUACACAACCCCCCUGGCCGACCUGGGCCUACACAAACGAGGUCAGCAACGGAGGUUUUACAACAGGAUACACACAAUACCCUCACUACUCAUCAUACCUCUCGGACUCGAUGGAUGCGUACCAGGCUCAUCACCACCACCUGGUCCAUCACCAUCAAAUGUCACGGACUACAGAGUCCAAGCCUCGCCUCUCCAAAGAAGAAGUCGAAACCCUCGAAGCUGAGUUCCAGAAGAACCACAAGCCCAACAGCAGUACCAAGAAGGCAUUGGCAGAGUCCAUGAGGGUGGACAAUGCGCGAAUCAACAAUUGGUUUCAGAAUCGCAGGGCAAGAGAGAAGAAGGAGAGGAACAUACGCGAGUACGAAGCCCGCCAGAAGCUGGAGAAGCAGAAGAAUGCAGUCGAGGACGACAUGACCGAAGCACCCGACCGCAAAAGCAAGCUAGUGGCGUCGAGUGCACCGUUCCCCAACGCCCAGCGACCUCCCCAGCGCCUGUCGUCUUCCUCGCGCGCGAUCCGUGACUCUCCUCUGUCGGACGAGGGAGGCCCACAGACGCAGAUGAGCUCCAAUGCGUCCAAUGCCGGGUCUUUCGCGGCCCAUGGUUCAUGCACAUCCCCAUCCAACGCACCUUCAGAGUCCAACGACGCCGAGUUUGCCCUGUCGACGGACGACGAAGACACGGACUACUACGGCAAACCGCUUUCUCACGUUGUUACCGGGGGUGAUUUCCGGAACCCUCCAUCGAUCUUCACCGCUUAUAGCACCGAUAAUCUCGCAGGGUUCCCACCAAUGGCCCAGUCGUCUCCCGAGCAUGAUCUCUCGCUGAGGUCACCAGCCUCCUUCGAUAUCGCGGCACGCCGCAACCGCCGCCCCCCGCCCCUGGCCAUUGAUGGUCGAAGCUGCUCGACCGGCGCGCCAGGGGCUGGGCUGGACAUGAUGCGCAAGGGCGACACGAUGCGGCGCGUAGCGUCUGCCACAGGCUCUAUGCGCAUCUCAAAGUCCAUGGGGGCACCUCGCAGUCCGUACAUGCUCAGCCGAUCUCCUGUUCCCGCCGGUCUCAGGGGGAGCCAUGCGCCACCAACGCCCGAUACACCCGUGCUGGCCAACCAGCCUGGCAUCAACACCCUCGACAGAGGGGCCGGUGUAUCGGAGCUGGCAAUCCGUGACCCUAACCUUCGCACGCCGCCCACGACUCCCGGCGUUUCCCAGACCUUUUUCAGUCUCAAUUCGAUCUACGAUAUGACCAUGACGGAGAGUGGCCUGCCUACAUUGUCCCUUGGUCGGUACAACGGAGGCCUCGACCACUCCGGAGUCUCUGUUGGUGCAACGCAUUAUGUCACCAAUUCUGGUGUCAGCCAGCCGCAGACACCUUCAUUUGUGUCCCCCAUCAGUCACUUUGGCAUGGAUGCUGGUCAAGGGCCUGAAUACACGUGGCCAUAGAGCCACAUGUCUCGCCUACCGCCUUGGUAGUUGGUACGGCGUUUUCCACCUUGAGCAUGGGCAGAUGGUGACGGCUUGGUCUACGACACCUUACCUGUAUAACCUGCCUCGGUUGGCAGCACGGAGUUAUGGUACCCCAAAGGGUUUGGUUUGGUCUUUUGGCUUUUUGUUCUUUUUGGCAUUCUCUUUCUCGCUCUUACUGGAGCUACUCAAGCGCAUAGACACAUAGCUUUCGAUGAUACAUGAUGACGGCAC